CUGACGCACUAAUGCUCCGGGAGGGGAGGGGAAGGGACAGGCAGCCGUGGCCAGAUGGAGCUCUGUUUGUUUUGAAGCAGCUAACUGCUGCUGAGAGCAGGACACACUGUCGACUGGUGUGUAUCAACCAGAGGAGAAAAAGACAUCGCACUCAGUCGGGGCUGCGACCGGUCAGCGAACUGCUGCUGCUGCUGCUGCUGCUGUUUGUGUGUGUUUGUGAUGUAGUCGUGUGUUUCAGCGUGGAGGCGCUCUCUGCAGCUUCAAGGUCGACAGCCUUUUAGGGAACUUCAUGGAUUUCUCGUUGUAGAACGUGAAGGUGUCGGUAAACUCGUAUUAUGGAAGGCCGGACCAGCGAGAAGACGAUGUGAGGAAGCUGUUGUCCCAGCCUGACUCUGUGACGGAAGCAGAGGGAAUGGGCCCAGCCUCGCUGCAGGAGGAGAGGGACCUGGCCAAAGAGUCUGCAGAGAUGGAGUGCUACCGCUGCCUUCUGCAGGCCGGCUCCCAGCUGGAGAGCACCCUGCAGCAGGUGACUGUCCCUUUGAGCCUGAAGGAAGUGGGAGGAUAUAUAGAGAAACAAGUUGCAUAUCUGUCAGGAGGGCGCGGGGAAGACUCGAGCGUCAUCAUCACCCUCCCAGAAUGCUCAGCGUUCAGUGACAUCCCAGAGGAAGCUUUAGCCAAAGUCUUUACCUACCUCACCCUCAUCCCUCGAACAAGACAACCAGGAGUGAAAUUUAUCAUCAUUUUAGACAGAAGACUGGAUACAUGGGCCUCCAUCAAAACCGCUCUGGCCAGGAUAGCAGCCUCCUUUCCUGGGAACCUCCACCUGGUCUUGGUGCUCCGACCCACCAGCUUCUUCCACCGUACUGUAACAGAUAUUGGUUUCCGCUUCAGCCAGGAUGACUUCAUGCUCAAGAUGCCAGUGGUGAUGCUGAGUUCUGUCACAGACCUGCUGCGCUACAUUGAUGAAAACCAGCUGACAUCAGAGUUCGGAGGCACUUUGGACUACUGUCACAGUGACUGGAUUGUUUUACGGACGGCUAUUGAAAGUUUUGCCGUGACGGUGAAAGACAUCGCUCAGAUGCUGCAGGGCUUUGGCACCGAGCUGGCAGAGGCAGAGCUGCCAGACGAGGGGAAAGCCAUCGAGCAGCUCCUGGAGACACACACUGAAAAGUACAAAAAGCUCAAGGAUGCAAUAAGGUCGGUUUCAAAGGAGGGUCGCCAUCUUCUGUCCAACUUGGAAACAACUGGGAAGGAUGAUGAUUCCCAGUGGGAUGUGAAGCUGGACUGGGAGACAGUACAGAGUUCCUCUUUUAGGCUUCUUGCACAGCUCAGAGACAUGGAGUCGGCCUUUGACGGCUUCUUUGAGAAGCAUCAUCUGAAACUGCAUCAGUACCUUCAGCUGCUCCGAUACGAGCAAAGCUUUCAGGAGAUGGAAAUGUGUCUUGAACAUCUCAUGCAUCAGGAGAGAGAAUUGUCCAUAAAUGUGAACACUCUGGCUCAAACAGAGCAGCUUCUGAAAAGACUCGACGACCUGGAAACUAACGCACAGGAAGUGAUGUCUCGAGCCCAGAUCAUCAUCCUCCACGGACACCAGCUGUCAGCGGGUCACCACUACGCCAUGGGGCUCAUCAUGCAGCGCUGCAAUGAGCUCCGCCACCACUGUGACACUCUCUCUGCUGCGCUCAAGUCCAAGCACUCUUUUCUGAUGCAAACACACCAACUGCUGCUUUGUCUCGGGCAGGCCCAGACUUGGUGUGAUGAUGGAGCGUAUUUGUUAGCAAACCAACUAGUAGACAAGUCCCAGUCCAAGGAGGGCGCCCAGAUGUCUCUCAGGGAAAUUGAGAAGUUCCUGGAGGGGGCGCCGUCUAUGCUGAGCUCAGGUCACGAUAUUCUGGCUAUUGAAUACGAGGCUGUCAUCACACCUCAGCUGCAGACUCAGAUUGGGAAUAUGUUUGAAAAGCAUGCAGCAGUACAGCAGAUGAUCCAGAACCGACAAGCUUCUUUGAGGAAGCUGGCUGACAGACAUGUGCGACCGAUCCAGCUGGUGGCCCCCAGACCCGAGAACCAACCUCGCGCCAAGUCACCGCUCUUCUCCCCUAAACAUGGUGAUGGCUUGAAGUUCACGUUUGACAUUUCACUUCCUGGCAAGAAAUCAUCCCGGAAAAGUCCAAAUCCCAGAAAAAUCGAGGUGAUUCAUGACUACCAGGAGAGUCGGAGCUGCGUCUCGUACAGUCUGGAUGGAGACGACAGCCCGGAUUUCUUAAAGCGACGUGUAAUGAGGGAACUUAUAGAGACUGAGAGGAUCUAUGUGGAGGAGCUUCUGUCAGUGCUGCUGGGUUACAGAGCUGAAAUGGAUAACCCAGCUCUGUCGGGGCUUCUGCCGCCAAUACUACGCAGCAAGAAAGACAUUCUCUUUGGAAACAUGCCUGAGAUCUACAACUUUCACAGCAGAGUUUUCUUACAAGACCUUGAAGGAUGUCUGGAGGCUCCAGAAACUGUCGGAGCUUGUUUUCUCCAGCUAAAGGAAAGCUUCCAGAUGUAUGAGAUGUACUGUCAGAAUAAGCCACGUUCUGAAGCGCUAUGGAGACAAUUCUCAGACUGUGCCUUUUUUCAGGAGUGUCAGAAGAAGCUGGAGCACAAACUGGGCCUGGAUUCCUACCUGCUCAAACCGGUCCAGCGCCUCACAAAAUACCAGCUGCUGCUCAAGGAGCUGCUGAAGUACAGCCCGGAUUGUGAAGGCACCUCUGAACUGCAGGGGGCGCUGACAGCCAUGCUGGAUCUGCUCAAGUCAGUCAACGACUCCAUGCAUCAGAUUGCCAUUACAGGAUACGAGGGGGAGAUCUGCGAGCUGGGCCGUGUGCUGAUGCAGGGCUCUUUCAGCGUGUGGAUCAGCCACAAGAGAGGCCCCACACGCAUGAAGGAGUUGGCUCGCUUCAAGCCAAUGCAGAGACACUUCUUCCUGUAUGAGAGGGCUCUGCUUUUGUGUAAACGCAGAGAGGAUCAUGGAGACGGCAGCGACAAGACGCCUUCCUACAGCUUCAAGCACUGUCUGAAGAUGACUGCUGUGGGGAUCACAGAGAACGUCAAAGGCGACGUGAAGAAGUUUGAGAUCUGGUACAGCGGCAGGGAGGAGGUUUAUGUGGUCCAGGCUCCCACAGUCGAGGUAAAGAUGGCCUGGCUCAAUGAACUCCGUCGAAUUUUGACCAACCAACAGAAGCUGCUUAGAGACGAAGUGUAUCAGCACGGCCCGGUGGCUGAGCACAUGCAGCUCUCUCCUUCGCUCACUGAGAGCAAACAGCAGAGGGCGUCGGUGAGCUCAGAGGACACUGAGUCGGGGAGGAGCAGCCCAGAGCCCCAGUCUCACUCCCCUAAACACCAGCCGAACCGUCGGAGUUGGCCCGGAGCUCAUCACUCGGUAGACAUCUGCGAGGGUCUGGAGGAGUGGCCUGGAGAUCAGGACGCCUUCCUCCCAUCUGAGACGGAGGAGAAAAAAAUGGUCAAAAUAACCCAAGGCAAGUACAGAGCUAUGGCUGACUGUCCCCAAAACGGACCAGGCAGCAUCAUCAUCAAACGCGGAGAUGUCAUCCAUCUACAAUGUGAAGACAACAGGGGGCGCUGGCUUGUGAAAAAUCUGAGUCGGCAGCAGGAGGGCUUCAUAGCAGCUGCCAGCCUGCAGCUCAUUAUAGGAAGCAGCAGCCACGAGCGCUCUCCCAGACUGGGAGACCCCGGGAACCUAAAGGUGAGAAAGCUGAGCUCCCCAUAGAGAACACAGGACAGAGGAUGAAUCUCAUGCUGGAUGAUGAGCAGAGCAGACUGAGUCAUCGCUGUCUCAUAGCUGAGGCUGCCAAUAUCUCCUCUCCUCUUAGAGGCUGCUUCCUUCAGCACACUUCAGUUCUUUAAAAGAAGAGGCAGAGUCAAGUGAGCCGAUUUCCUCCCUCGGUUUCUGUUUUCGACCUCCUGAACGGACGUUUUCUGAUGAUGAGGAUCACUGCAGCGAUCACCUCAAAGCCACAGGAGAAGUUAAAGCCCUACUGGACAAUCAACGGCUGACCUGGCUCAUGUUCUUCCCUCUUUUUGAGGCGCUUCCUCUGCAGCAUAUGCAGUCAGCAUGUGAGUUUGCCACUGCAGCAGUGUCUCAUUUCACAAACUGUGGACUCAGUGUUUCCCAGCAAAUACUUGAGGUUGGCUCUAAGAGCUUGUCUUUCUGCUUUGUUUCAAAAGGAUGAAAGCCAGGAUUUAAUCCUUAAACUGUUUUACAAAUUGCAUCCUUUUUUAAAAAACUUUUAAUGAAUUUCAUGUUCAUGUCUGUGUAAAACAUUAUUUUUUUCCUCAUGUUGCCACUCUUCUGUACAGUUAAGAGUUUAAAUGCCAAAACGUGCCAUGCCUUAUUGCCUUUUUAUUCCUGCUCUUUUAAAGUCUUUCUAUGUACUUUUUCUUGGUUCUAACUGACCUCACAAGACAUCAUCAGGCACUUUAAAGAGGUGGCUUUGUUAUGUUUCAAGGCCAUUUAUCAUUAUUGCUGCAUUUAGGCUUGUAGCUCAUGACAGAUAUUAUUCUCUCAAAUUGAGAACUAUGAAAGUAAAGCAAAAACAGAUUAAGAAUGCAGUUAAAAGUUGCUGAAGAUGGAUGAUGCUAUGGUUUAAUGCCAAAGGCUGCAGCCACCGCAUGACACAAUGACCACCCAAAGGGAAAGCGGAGAGAGUAAUGUGAGUUCAUAAAGUGAAGAUCUGUUUGCCGAUUUGUAAAGUUAAGAGGAGGAAAUAGAGUGAAAUGUUGUCUGGGAGUUUGUAACUUGGAGACUUAGCAAACCUUAGCAAAAUGUAUCGAAGUAGAAAUGCUUUCAAAUAUUUUAAACUUUUUUUUUGUCAUAAAAGUGUGUUUUAAAUGUACUUAUCCCAUUUGAAAACCAAUGUAAAAGCUCACUGUGAUUUAUUUUUUUUCAUUCUUUCAACAUUUUUAGGUAUUCCAGCCAUAAACUUUUUUGAUCUUUGGCCUUUAACUCCAAAUCCACCUGCUCUCUACUGAAUGUGCUCUUUGCUUGCUGCUUUACCUCUUUCACUGUGUUUCCGUUAUGCUGUGCUUCUU